AUGACGACGAUUGGAAAAAUUGAUGUUUUUGAUGAAACCCAAGAAAGCUGGGAGACGUAUGUCGAACGAGUACAACAUUUUUUCGCUGCAAACGAUGUCGACGACAAUCAUCAAGUGCCAACUCUGCUGAGUUUGAUUGGAAGCAAAACGUAUUCAUUAUUAAAGGAUUUACUUUUGCCAGAAAAGCCUGCAGACAAGAACUUUGAUGAAAUAGUAACUACAUUACAGAAGCAUUUAAAUCCUAAACCACUAGAAAUAGCCGAACGGUUUCGUUUUUAUAAGAGAAAUCAGCAAGAAGGGGAGAGCAUUUUAAGUUAUAUAGCUGAGUUAAAGAAAUUAACCACGCAUUGCAAUUUUGGAAGUAACUUGGAAGAAACCUUGCGCGACAGAUUGGUGUGUGGAUUAAGUAAUCAGCAAAUUCAGAAACGUCUCCUUGCAGAGUCAAAAUUAAAAUUCUCCAAAGCUGUUGACAUAGCAGUUGCUAUGGAAACAGCCACUCGAGAUGCUACAGAGAUCCACAGCAAGGGUAGAGAAGAAAAACCUCUUGGUCUUGACAAACUGACACUGAACAGACCCUCGAAUAGAUCAGAUAGGGGCCCACCUUCCCCUGUAGUGUGUUAUCGAUGUGGAGCUAAUACCCAUGUUGCAACUGAGUGUAGAUUUAAGAAAGAAGUCUGUCACAAGUGUGGAAAGAGAGGUCAUAUUCAAAGAGCUUGCCGGGCACAACAAAGCCAGGGGCCCGGUAGACCCUCGCCCAGAUCAAGAUACCAAAAAUCGACCAGUGCCAUAGAGACCGAACCAGAUGAGUAUGAACACUUGUUGAAUAACCUAGAAGUUCAUAAUGUAAACAAAUCAAACAGUGAUGUCAUAUGGGUUGACGUGAAAGUUGAAAAUCAACCACUAUCCAUGGAACUAGACACAGGAUCGGCCGUGUCCAUUUUGCCAUAUGACAUGUUCUUGGAAAGAUUUCGCGACAAGAAGUUAGAGACAACAACCACCGUACUAAAGACCUAUACUGGUGAACUGAUCGUUCCAGUUGGUUGCCUUACCAUGCAAGUUGAAUACUUAGAUCAAUCAUGUCAAUUGCCAUUCCAUGUAGUCCAGACUAAGGGUCCAGUGUUAAUGGGUCGAGAUUGGCUUCACAAGCUUCGCCUCGACUGGAAAACCAUUAAGUUGUUGAAAUCCUCAGAUUCCAGCCAUAGAAACCCUGGCACGACUACACAAGAGAAGCUGAAAAACCUAUUGGAUACGUAUGCAGAGGUUUUUGAAGACAAACUGGGAACUUUCAAAUCUGCCAAAGCAAGGAUAACCCUCAAAGAAGGUAGUCAACCACAGUUUCGCAAAGCUCGUCAGGUCCCAUAUUCCUUACGACCGAAAGUGGAGGAAGAACUGAAGAGACUUCAGAGCGAAGGUAUUUUGUCGAAAGUAGCUAGAGUGGAGUGAUUGGGCGACACCGACUGUACCAGUGCCGAAACAAGAUGGUUCAGUCCGUAUUUGUGGUGACUUCAAAGGUACUAUAAACCCAACACUACAAGCAGAACAGUAUCCUCUGCCUCGAAUCGAAGAUAUCUUUGCCCAUUUAGCUGGUGGGAAAAAGUUUUCCAAGAUCGACCUCCGAGCUUACCAUCAGAUUGAGCUGGAGGAAGAAUCCAAGAAGUACCUUACAAUUAAUACGUCCAUGGGCUUGUUUCAAUACAAUCGAUUGGUGUUUGGUAUAUAUUACCUCAGCUCCCGCCAUUUGGCAGCGUACCAUGGAUCAGAUUCUGGAAGGAACUUCUGGUACUAGUUGUAUCUUAGAUGAUAUGAUUGUGACGGGUAAAAGCGACGCAGAGCAUAUGGCUAACCUGGAGGAGGUCCUUCGACGGCUGCACCACCAUGGGUUAAGAGCCAAUAAAUCGAAGUGUGAGUUCUUCAAAGAAAAGAUCACGUUCUGUGGCCACGACAUUAAUAGUGAAGGCCUGCACAAGACCACCGACAAGGCAGCUGCAAUGGUGAAUGCCCUUCGCCCCCAGAGUGUUGCAGAGGUACGCUCCUUCCUGGGAUUGGUGAACUAUUACCACAAAUUCCUGCCAAACCUUGCUACAAUCUUGCAUCCAUUGAACCAAAUGCUGGAAAGUAACUACCAAUGGAACUGGACAGAUCAAUGCGAAGAAGCCUUUUGCAAAGUUAAAGCAAUGAUUGUUUCAGAUCUGGUGCUUACACAUUAUGAUCCUAACCUUCCCUUACAACUGGCUUGUGAUGCUUCACCUGUAGGAAUUGGAGCGGUACUGUCCCAUGUUAUGACAGACGGCACAGAGCGCCCGAUAGCGUUUGCAUCGAGAUCCCUGUCGAAGGCGGAGCGCAACUACGCACAGAUAGAUAAAGAAGCACUGGCUACAGUGUGGGGAGUCAAGAAUUUCCACAAUUACCUUUUCGGUAGGAACUUUACCUUACUGACUGAUCAUGAGCCUCUCACUUCAAUCUUUCAUCCCAGCAAAAGCCUUCCUGUUGUCACUGCUGCUAGAUUACAACGCUACGCUUUGUUCUUGGCGGGUUUUGACUAUACAAUUACAUACAAGAAUUAUAUACCAUGCCUGAAAUAA